ACGAGGAAGAAGCAGCAGAAUCCCUCCAGUUCUCGGUGGAUGAACAAGAAGACUUGUUUUUAAAAUUUCUAGGUGAUUUGGUGUAUCUAAUGUUGGUCUGGGGCUCACCUGAGGUGCACGUGCAGAUGGAGCUGAUGUUCUUAAGGCUGUAGCGCCUGUUUGCUCUGAGAUAUCGCGAUGUUUUCCUCCAACAUGGAAACAAAAAGAGUGGAGAUCCCGACCGGAAUGCUGGACGACCUCUGCAGCCGCUUCAUCCUGCACAUCCCCAGCGAGGAGAGGGACAACGCUAUCCGGGUGUGUUUCCAGAUCGAGCUCGCCCACUGGUUCUACCUGGACUUCUGCAUGCAGAACACUCCCGGAGCUCCUCACUGCGGGAUCAGAGACUUCGCCAAAGCAGUGUUCCAUCACUGUCCGUUCCUGCUGCCUAAUGGAGAAGACGUCCAGAAGAUCCUGGAGCAGUGGAAGGAGUACAAGAUGGGAGUGCCUACUUUUGGAGCCAUCAUUCUGGACGAAUCUCUAGAAAACGCUCUGCUGGUUCAGGGAUACCUCGCUAAGUCUGGCUGGGGCUUUCCAAAGGGGAAAGUUAAUGAGGAUGAAGCUCCUCACGACUGUGCCGUGCGAGAGGUGCUGGAGGAGACGGGCUUCGACAUAAAGAAUCGUAUUUCCAAAGACGUGUUCCUCGAGCAGAAGAUCACGGAUCAGGUGGUUCGGCUCUACAUCAUCCCCGGGGUGUCGCAGGACACAAAGUUCAACCCACGGACGAGGAAGGAGAUCAGGAACAUCGAGUGGUUUCCUAUUGAGAAGCUGCCGUGUCACAGGAACGACAUGACGCCAAAGUCUAAACUCGGACUCGCCCCCAACAGAUUCUUCAUGGCCAUUCCCUUCAUAAGACCGCUGAGAGAAUGGAUCAAUAAGCUGAAAGGAGAGUCAACGGACAGCGACGACGACUUUGCAAACAACGGAAACACUCCAAACAAACCUUCAGACAACGCUCGGUCGAAGUCUCGCCGCCUCCCAGGUAAUGAAGCAUUUCCAGGAGAGGCAUGGGCCAAAAACAAGCAGAGGGCGGCGGGCCAGCUGAGCCAGUACGAGAUCAACCAGAGCCCAAGUUUGAAAAGUAAUGGUAAAAAGAGUCAGGACUCGUCUGCGGUGAAGAAAGGAGCCAUUGAUAAUGGGGCCAACAACCAGCAGAAAGAAGAUAAAAGACUUCAACCCAGAAGACUGCAAGACAGUUUUGAGAAAGAAGGAUCUCCAAGCAAAGACUCCGAGCACAUUCUGUCCUCCAAGGUCUUCCUCAAUUUCAAAUUUGACCGAGAAGCCAUCAUGAAAUGUUUCGACUACUGACAGCGCUGGUUCUCUCCUGUGAUGGCAUCAAACCGUGGAUACUAAAAGGACUUUUUUUUUACCUUUUAUAGUCAAAUCUGGGAUGUUACUGAAGCUUGCCCUUUCGGCGCAUUUCUCGUCAUGUAUGUAGUUGUUUAUUUCCCAUUGAACACAUCCAAUAAGGCUUUUUCUACCCAAUUGUCCAGACCUUAGAGAAGGUAUGCUAAGCUAACAGCACUGUGUUCAAUAUGUCUCAGGCAGAAUCCUAACUUUACUUCUUUGAAUAACUUAAUUCAUGAUUCAAUCUGCAGGAGAAAACACACGAGAUCAGGACUUUAAUCUGUUGUCUUUUAAAAGGUCAAACGUUUUGAGACCAUAAUGGAUUUUAAGCACAUUUGAGGUGACGGUGAAACAUCAGCUGUGAUAUCUUGGUGAAUUUUGCCACUGUUGAAUUCAUCAUGAAAUUGUGAUUUUUAAGAUUAUUUCGGUGUUGUUAAUUUCCUCCGUUCUUCAAACUGAGUGCCUACAAAGUUGUGUUGGCUGUUAAAAAAGGGGAAUGUAUUGAGAAUAUUAUUGGCUUUAUAUAUAUUUAUAUAGUGUUAUAGGCUGUAUUACGAAAAUUACUUAAGAUUUUAAACGGGAAUGAAGAGUUAAAUAUUGAAUACCAGUGGUCUUUACACUUGGUCUUAGCAAGUUGAAUGUCAUUUACAUGAGAUGCCAACAUUGAAAGGCAAUCAUCUAUGUGGCUUUCAUUCAAAAUGUCACGUUUUUGCAUUGGAUUUUAACAUUUUAAUAUUGUCAUUCAUCAUGUGCACACACGAGGAACAUUACAUCUCAAUGUGGUUAACUAGUUUUAGUAUUUUAAGCCACAGACUUCCAUACAUUGUUAAUUUGCCUUAAAGUGACCCACAUCACGCGGCUGUUCGUCCGUUUGGUUUCGGCAGGGUUUUCAUGUUUAAUGUCAUGUGGAGAUUUCACCAGUCAGUCAUUUUUCUACACAACGCACUCGUUAACGGCUCUAUCAUUUGGAUGGUAUGACAGGUUGUAGCCUCCUAGCGUUGGAGCAUGUUGGACGAACACUUUGUUAGACUACAGUGAGCCUAACAGGUACUCAAAACCUUCACUGAGGACUCGGCAGGAUUUCGUUUUUCAAACCCAAAGACCAGAUCUUUGCAAUGUCCCUCAUACAGUAGGUCUUGUAUACAUGUGACUUGUUAUUGAUGUGAUGCUCACUGGGUUUUCUUUGUUAUUGAUUGUACAGAUGGUGAUCUCACGUUGUCUUUCGGCUUUAAUGUGUUUGUCUUAAACUGUGAAUAUUAAUAAAGUUCGUUUUUUUUU